GAGCACAUAUGAUCUUAUCAGCACACUGUGACAUCCUUAGGUAGCUGUAGCUGGAGUGCGCUACCAGGCGUCUUAGCUGCAGCCUUUUUACAACUACAUAACAAUGUCACACUGGCAGCUAAAUGUGCAUUUCAUCCUUGUCGCAGCUUAGUUGGAAACUGGAUUUGCAUAUAUGUGUGGAAUAAGGGAAUCAGAACUGAAAGCCUCUCAGCAUCACUACUCAAACUGCAUGCCAUUUGGGCAUGGGUGAAUUAUGAGGAAAUCAAAGAGAAGACACAGAGCACUCCUUGCUGUGUGUUUGAACUUAGUGGCCCUUUUGUUUUCAACUACAGCAUUCAUUACAACAUACUGGUGUGAGGGGACACAGAGAGUGCCUAAGCCAAACUGUGGGAAAGGCACAAAGACAAACUGUAUCAACUACAACGGCGAUGACAGUCACAAUGAAAGCAAUCCGAAUGUGGUCCACUACAGCUGGGAGACAGGAGAUGACAGGUUUCUGUUCAGAUACUUUCACACAGGAAUAUGGUACUCAUGUGAGGAAAAUAUUAAUGGAUCCGGUGAAAAAUGUCGAAGCUUUAUUGACCUUGCCCCUGCAUCUGAAAAAGGUGUUCUCUGGCUGUCCGUGGUGUCUGAAGUGCUCUUCAUUUUACUUUUAGUCGUGGGAUUCAGCCUUAUGUGCCUAGAAUUCUUUCAGUCAAAUAACGUUGUGGAUGGUCUGAAGUUAAAUGCAUUUUCUGCUGUCUUCACUGUGCUGUCAGGUCUUCUAGGAAUGGUGGCUCACAUGAUGUACACUCAAGUCCUUCAAGUAACCGUGAGUUUGGGGCCUGAAGACUGGAGACCCCAUUCAUGGGAUUACGGGUGGUCUUUCUGCCUUGCUUGGUGUUCCUUCACAUGCUGUAUGGCGGCCUCAGUCACUACCCUGAAUUCUUAUACUAAAACAGUCAUCGAGUUUGGACACAAACAUAAGAUUUUUGAGCAAGCCUUGCAAGAAGAACAAUCUUUCACAGAUCACAAUGCCCUUAAAUACAUAAAGGAUCGAUCAGUCAAUUCAGUUUCAAGCUCCCUGGAAAUUUCAGAUGAAGAAGCUAGAAAUAUGAGAAAGUCUGUGUUAUCAUCAGCGGCAGCAGAUCUUGGAGAUAUUCCAGAGUCUCUGGGAGAAGAAUCACAAAAAAAGGAAAGAGAGGCGCCCGUAUCUUACAACCUUGGUGAACUUCCAGAUGCCGCACAAUAUGGAAGAAUGGGGAAGCUGUCAAUCCCCAAAAAUUAACAGUAACAAGAUAAAAGAACCAAAACGUGCGCAAAAGGAAGAGCCAAACUAAAAAUAUAUUAAUCUAUUUUAUUAAAUAGUAAUUGUAGUUAUUAAAAAAUAUUCAAUUCAAAUAUAUAUUCCUCGGAGUGACCACAGUAGGAUAUUACAAAUGAAUUUAAAAUAAAUAAAACAACAUAAUCAUAAAAUAUAUUACCAACUAGUUGUUCACAUAUAUGAUUAAUAUUCUAAAGGAUCAAUAAUGGAUACAGAUAUAUAUAAUCCUGAAGAACAAUGGCUGGCCAGCCUUAAUUAAUACUUAAUAAAUUGUGCACAAAUAGGAUGUAUCAAAAGAUCGAAUAGAAAAAUGAAAGAUUGUUGUCUAGAAGAUAUCAUAUAAUUUGCAUAGAUGGUAAGAGCUCAGGAUUCUUCCAACAACAGUCUAAAAUAGUAAUAGUUAGCCGUUAUAUAUGUAUCCAAAAGUCUCGUGAGGGAAUUAACCUCAUACGGCUGCUGAUGUAAUUGCUAAAUGUUGGAGCUAAUGAAUAGACACCAGUCCCGUCUUUUAGACCAAAAACUAAUGAAAGUCUCGGUAAAAGCACCUAGCCUUAGGCAGCUGUUUAAUGUGGGCAGCCAAUGCCGUGAUAAUGCAGUCCCGCAACAAGAUGAUAAAUGUGAACAAAAAAUACUGGAACAAAGUCCCGAAUGACUCAAAUAGCACCUAGCCCAACGAGGCCAUAUAUGUGGGUAGCUAUAAUGACGGGAUAAUGUAUAAAUGAAUAAACCCCGUAUCACUCGUAGCAGUCUCACCCGUGCCAGUGAAUGCAAUAGCCGUCCGUCCGGCCGGAUGUUCACCGGACCUCCGCCGUUACCAAUCCACAAGCCGUUCAGUGCUGCACUGCCUGGGUGCUCCUCCGACAGUGCAGCUGGAUAAUCCUUUAGGCUGGGAUGUUAAAGAGGAAAAUAACUGUGGCGGUUAUGGGCAGGUUAGGGCUGUUGGUGAUGUCCGUUCGUCUCCCAAUCGCAGAGAGAUGGUGUAUAACCGUGGAUCACUCCAGAGCCGUUCAACCUAACGCGUUUCUCGACCGUAGGCACUGGUCGUUUCAUCAGAGGAAGUGUAAUGGGAGAAGAACAAUGUUAAAUAUAUGUGUUCACAAUCAUUGCUAAUAUUUGCAGUCAUACUGUUUAUUUUUAAGUCAAAACAUAAAAUGUCAUACAUGAAGAUAUAAUGUACUGUCAGAUAUAUCUGCUGUUUAAUCGAUCUGAAGAUAUAUCUGCUGAUGGUGGUUGUUCAUACACACAGAAAGAUGCGCCAAUAUAUCUGCAGAUAUAUCAGCCAUCUGUAGUGCUGUACAGCAGAUGCAAUAAUUCUGUGAAAUGCUGCCCAUACACUGAUGCCCCGCGAUGCAACAUCGCGGGGCAUCGCACCAGCAGUUCAGGUGUGAUGAAAUCGCACCUGAACUGCCAAAGUGAUUACCAUGCAAUCAUGCGAUAGUCUUAGAUCGCAUGGUAAUCACAUGAUGGGCACGUCAUCGCCGAGUGGGAGCAGCCUCCGGCCGCUCCCGGAGGGCGCCCAUCGCACAUAGCAGUGCGAUAUAUAGCAUGUGUUUUUAAAAACACAUGCGAUCGCACUGCGAUCCGAUAAAUAUUAAGUGCAGCACAUACUAUCUUGAGACGAUAGAUUCGACCGCCGUGCCCGCGCAUCGCGUCAAAAGGUACCUAAAAUGUGCAUACAAUCCUUCUAUUUCUCUCACAGAUGCGGUCAAAAUCGAAGGUUAGCACCGAUUAUUUCACAAGUGUAUGGGCACCAAAAGACGUCGUUCACAGACAUAUUGCUUGUACACAACUGCAGAUCAGCAAAAGAUAUGUUGGCCACUCAAUUGAUUGGCCAAUAUAUUUGCCAGUGUGUAGUGUACCCAGAACACUGACUCCCCACUGCAGCUCUGCUAAAAAAAAUACUUAAGGUGCCCAUACACUAGAAGACUUGUAAAUGAUGAUUUCUCAUUAACGAUUUCCCUUGAAUUCCCCUGACAGUCCUAGGCAAAUGAUAUAGUACAAUACACAUAAGAUAUAUGUUAAGAUCUGGGAGUGGCUACAUUCAGGAACAUGCUGUCAUUGACAAUAGCUUCAGAUCUUCCCUGCAGCAGUUAAGAUUAGAAGCUCCGACCAACAACAAGCGGGACUGCGCAUCGUGAUCGUUAAUAAACACUGUACGAUCUGCACUAUUAUGAAUGACCAAAUCGUGUAGAAUAUCGUCUAGUGUACGGGCACCUUUACAGUACCUGCUUUGAAACAGUUUUCACUAUGAGAUCUGGAUGGAGAGGUGCAAGUGGUGUGGUGCAGAAAAUUGCAAUGUAAUAGGUUAAGUCAGAUGAAUCAGGAAGGAUGGUCUACUCUCUGGAAUCAGACAUUCUGUGAGAGUAUGACAUUUGGUCUUACAAUGACUUCCCACUGCAGCUCUACAAAAAAACACAAGAGUGAUUUAGGAAAGUGAAAAAAUAAGGACCUGUAGAGCACAUAAUAAAACAUUUCAGUACACAAAUGUGGCCCCUGAAAUAAAGAUAGUUCUGAUGUCUUCCUAAAUUAUCAUACAAAGUAGAUGUGAUUCCGCACCGGUAUUCUAAAGGUUCUAUAAGAUAAAUAUCAGGAUGAUAUUCAUGAAUUAUUAGUAUUAUGUAGUACCAGAAUGAAGUAUGAUUAUACACGUAUAAUUAGUGUUAAUUAAAGAGUCUGGUGGUGCACCCAGAGUCAGAAGAAAACCAAGGAAAAAGAAAAAAUACAGAAGACUCUUGUGUGGAUGCACUCUUAUUUUUAGAAAUUGAUUAAUGUGAUGAUAUUAAAACAUAACUUUUAUUCAAUGAUUACUCUAAGAAAAAAUCCACCAGUUAAGGUCUGGAAAGAAUGUAUAUAGCUAAUUGCGUGUGGUUCAGGUCAUUUGCAUCUCUAAGGGAUGCUGAUUUGUUAACAUGGCUGGUUCGACCUGCUUGGUAGGGUAUAUAUAUAUAUAUAUAUAUAUAGUACCUAGAUUGACACGUAUUUAUAAAAAAAUUGGAAAUGUUCUGGUUAGUCUAUAUGCAUAGACUACAGGAAGGAUGUAGACACUCUUGCUCUACACCCUGUUCCUAUCCAACCAGUACAAGCACUGCUUGUAUUAUUGGGACCUCUGGGGGUCAUCAAAGCUCAAUUAUAGGAGGAGUAUAGAUCCUGAUUAGUGAUGGGCCAAUCCCGAUCUAUGACAUAUCAAGACAAACGGUACUUUGAUUAAAGAAUAUAGUGCAGAAAAAGAAAUAAUAGGGGAGAAAGUGGUGAUCCUGCUGUUGGCUUGGAGUCGAGCAGAUCAUAAAUUACAACACCAGGUAUUCUCUGGGGGUCACCCUCACAGGUACUGACCCAGCCCGCCACCGUUUUGCUUCCAAGAUCGGACGAGAUCGGGCUCAGUCGGUGGGGUAUGGUAGUAAUUCCUGUAUCUGCUAUAGCCGACUCACCAAUGAGAGUGCACCUAGUUGGGGUAGGGAAAAAGAACCAUAUGUGGGAGGGAGAUAGAAAACGAGGCGGAUCUGCUGUCCAUGUUAGGCACAGGGUAACCUGUGGAUCAGGGAUGAGAGUCCGCAGAAAAGAAGAAGAAGAAAAAAGAGAGAGAGAGAAAAAGAGAGAAAAAGAGAGAAAAGGAAGUUAUAGACUACAGGAUACUAUUUAAGGAAUCAGAAAAUUGGUAGUGGCCAAAUUGGCUGAUAAUGUUAGAUAUGGUCCCUGGUCACGGGAUCUAAAAUGGAUAUAUAGGUAUCACAGCCAAAAUGAUUCCCUGAGUCAACCUGAUUAGGUCUGAGAAAUUGUACAAAGCCACAUAUAUGUACUGGUAAACAAAAACAUAGUAUUUUUGAAUAAUGAUCCUAUUGAAAAUAUAAGAAAUAUAAGAAAUAAGUGGGUAAACAGCCCCUGCGGAUAUCGCUUAAUUGGGUAUAAUCACCAUUAGAAGUAAAUGGGCGAGUGGACUUCUGCAGAUACCGCUUAAUUGGAUAUAAUUACCACUUCAGAAAUUCACAAAUCAACAUGCAAAUAGCAAUUGUGAUAAGACAUUUUGUGGUGCUGGGAAAAGAUGGGCUGUUUGGAAAAAAAAAAAAAAGAGAGAAGGGGGUGGGGGGUGUAUAUAGGAGAGAGGGGGAGGAUGUGAGAAUCUCUAUCAACUGUUAAUUACAAUAUCACAGUCAUGAUCCAGAGCCCUGGAUUGCCCUUGUUGAGGCCAAAGGAAUUCUAAUCAUAUAUACUAAUUGGCUAUGUUUG